UCUUACAAUCGGCAUUAGUAUGGGGCAGGAUUUCCCUUUCUGUGUAUAUUCCGGAACAUUAUCGUAAAUAUAUGUGAGAUAUUGUAUAUAUUCAUAAAUGUUGUGGAUGCUACACUUUUUACAACUGUUCAGCGCUCAUUUUUAAACGCGGAUUAUGAAAGCAGGAAUUGGAGGUGACCAGGAUUGUGUGAACUGGUGAGAGGACAUUGCUAGACACCCUGAGUCAUCUAUAUGGGCCAUCUUCUUUCCAAAAAUGGUAAGCGUGUGAAGAAGAGAAAAAGGAAACUGCAGAGGAACUGCUUCCUGCACGGGCCGUGCAUGUUGUGCUUCAUCGUCCACAGCAACGCCAACAGCAGUGACGAGAACCAGCUUGAGAGUGCUUCCAAGCUCGCUGAGAGGUACGCCACUCUCAGUACACCGGAGGACUGUGCCAAGUUUCUCCUGUCUCCAAAGGAACUCUGGGAAGAACAGGGCAAAAGUCUGCUUUCCAGUGUCCCUGCCAAGUUCAUUGGGCCUCAGCUCUUCAGAACUGUCUCCACUGAGUACUCUGAGAUGGUAUGUAAGAGGAAGUGUGGAGGGGUACAGAAGUGCACGCCUUGCAAGCAGCCGCGCUGUACCUUUCAGGAGGUGACCGAGAAUGGGGUGGUCAGUGACCCAGCAGCCCAGUGCCACAUCCAUCUGUGCAGCUUGCCCUCGUCUUCCUCCUCCUCCACAGAGUGCUCCAGUGUGGGGCUGCAGGUGGACUUGGGGGAGAGCAGCACCACCACUAACCAAGGCUCCUCCGAGAGCAGUGAACUUGCACCUCACAAGAACCUGCCAGAAUUAAAAGUGUUUGAGACUGAUGUGUCCAGUGUUAACCUCCUACCUUCUUCAAUCCUGCUAAAGAUAUUUGCUCAUCUAUCCGUGAAGGAACGCUGUCUUUCUGCAUCAUUAGUUUGCAAGUACUGGUGUGAUCUGUGUUUAGAUUUUCAGUUCUGGAAGCAGAUCGACCUCAGUGGUCGACAGCAGGUCACAGAUGAUCUUCUUGUAAAGAUUGCCGCCAGGAGGCAGAAUGUGACUGAAAUUAACAUCUCUGAUUGCCGCAACGUUUUAGAUGAUGGGGUGCGCUCCCUGGCAUCCCAGUGCCCGGGUCUUCUUAAAUACACGGCGUACCGAUGCAAACAGCUUAGUGACCUCUCUCUCCUUGUCAUAUCCACUCACUGUCCCCUUCUGCAAAAGGUGCACGUGGGGAACCAGGAUAAACUCACUGACGAAGCCCUCAAACAGUUGGGAGAACACUGUUCUGAACUGAAAGAUGUCCACUUUGGUCAAUGCUACAAGAUAACUGAUGAAAGCAUGGUGGUGCUAGCAAAGGGCUGUCCAAAGCUGCAAAGAAUCUACAUGCAAGAAAACAAACUGGUGACGGAUAAAUCAGUAAAAGCAUUUGCUGAACACUGUCCGGAUCUGCAAUUUGUCGGUUUUAUGGGCUGCUCUGUUACAUCCCAAGGGGUCAUCCACCUCACUAAACUCAAGAACCUGAGCAGCCUGGACUUGCGUCACAUCUCUGAGCUGAAUAACGAAACGGUGAUGGAAGUGGUGAGGAAAUGCAGGAACCUGAGCUCACUUAACUUGUGCUUGAACUGGAGCAUCAAUGACAGAUGUGUGGAGUUUAUAGCGAAGGAAGGACAGAGCCUAAAAGAACUAUACUUGGUAUCAUGCAAAAUCACUGACUAUGCUUUGAUAGCUAUUGGCCAGUACAGCACAACCAUAGAGACGGUGGAUGCAGGCUGGUGUAAAGAAAUCACGGAUCAGGGAGCCACCCUGAUUGCUCAGAGCAGCAAGUCCCUCAGGUAUCUGGGACUGAUGAGGUGUGAUAAGGUGAAUGAAGAGACCGUGGAGCAGCUGGUUCAGCAGUAUCAACACAUAACAUUCAGCACAGUGAUGCAGGACUGCAAGAGGACCCUGGAGAGAGCCUAUCAGAUGGGUUGGAUACCCAACACUUCCACUGCAUCAUAACCUCCUGCCUACAGAACCCAUCAUUAAUCUGACACACGUAUAUCCAGCAGCUCUAAUGUGUAAGGUUUUUAAUAACACAUGUACAGUAACAAACCAUCAGAAGCCAGGAGUCAACAGUCGACCGGGAACACAUUUAAAAUAAGCAGAAAACAGGCAAUAAAUAAAUACAUAAACAAACAAACACUGUUGAAACUUUUCAAGCAGCAUUAAAACGGGAUUGAAGUAGCUCUAUUUGUACAUUUUGUAGCUGUACAACCAUAGAGUCAAAAUGCAUUGAAAUACAGCAUGUGUCUGGAAAACGCAAAGCAACUGUCAACCAGAUGCCUGCUUAGUUUUGUAUUUCUUGGUUAAAAACAAUACAAGCUCGACAACUGUUGCUACCAGACAUUAAGGUUCUUUGUUUUUUUUUUCCAACUUAAAACUAGUUUAGAGAUUUUUGUUUUUUUGUAUAAUCAUUUGAACUUUGUUUUUGCCAGAUAGUGCUAAGUGUGAUUGCAAUACAUGACUAGAUAAUAAUAGACCAGGUUUACUACCUGUUAAGUAAAACCCGUUUGCCUGAACAUGUAUAGUAUUUGUCGUAUACCAUGGUAUUUUAUUAUUAUUACUAUUGUUGUUGUUUAGUAAGAGAACAGAGGAAGUAAACACCACAGGGAACUACACACAUUGUAAACCUGGGGAUUUUUUUCAGCAUUUUAAAAUCCUUCCCUUUAUUGUAUCAGUAAACAAUAGUUGUUACAAGACACUAUUAUGCAAAUAAUCUGGGUAUAUUUGUUAUUGUUUAAAGUAGAAAAGGCUUGUGGGAAAAAGUGGUAAUUAGUAUUGUAAUUAUAUAAACUGAAUACAGUACCUGGGGAUUGUGAAGGAGAUGUACGUUUGUGAUGGCUUUGUAGAAUAUCAUAUUACCCAGAUGAUCUUUCAGCCUUACCUUUAGACUUUCACCUUUUUGCGGGAUAUUUUCACACUUGAUCCUAUUUUUUUAUUAUUGUUAAUGUCAUUCUGUGUCCAAGAUAUCAUCAAUUGGCAUACCUGUCAUGGCAAUAAAUCUCUUGCAUGGUUUCACGUCUACCAUUUCCAGCAUUGUGUUUCAGAAGCAAGGGCUCUGUUUUAUUUCCCCUAAAGCCAGAAGAAUCCCAUCAUAUUCAGUAGACAUUCACUAGCCAAUUAAAAGAGAGCCCCUUGCUACCUGCAUUUGUGGUUUUGUCUUGUGUGUACUGUCCAGUGCUUCAUUAAUGUGUUAGUUUGCAUCAACUGAUUUGGUUCUUGUAACAUACCUUAAACUUAAAACUCAGAUGUUCAUAUUUGUUAAAUAUUCCUAGAACUCUGGAAAUUAUAUAGGUGUCCAAAGGGCUAUAUUUGUAAUUGUGACCUAUUUUAUUUCUUCCCAUAAUGCCACCAAUAUAUACAAUACAUCUAAUACUUUUAGACACAUUUCGUAACCCCCCUAAAAGACAGCAUGUAUCUGCAAAAGGAAUACUUGACUUGUUUUGUUUGGUCAUUUCUCUCUUUCAAUAAAGCACACUUAAUCUAUCCUUCUAAUUCAUUUAAUAAAAAGGUAAAAUUGAGACUGAUAAAUAUAUGUUCAUAGUAAAAGGUCACUGAUUACAUCUUUUGAAGGAUGAUACAAAUAUAUGUGAAUGAACUCUAUAGAACUUAUGGGGGGGGGGGGGUCUUUGGGUCAGGUUCCAUUAAAAUGAAGAUAUUCCACCUACAGUACAAGUAUGAUGAAACAUUUACUGAGGUUUGACAAUAGGCCAUGUGCAGGAGAUGAUUGAAUGGGAGUCAGAGGCAUAGCAUCCAUGUGUAGGAGAUUAUUGAAUACAGUGGUGGGUUUCAGGACUACCUUUAUUUAAGUGUAUUAUAUAAAUUGCCAGGAGUUUGAUGUAAAUGUACAUCUAUAUCCCUUAUACUUUUUCAAACUUCUGGUACCUGGUCACAUCAAUAAUAUACAGUACCUGUAACUAACUUAAUAAUAAAACAUGGCAAAAUCCUGCUGUGCAAUAGGAGUCAGCUUUACAGCACCAUAGUUGUCCUUGUUAGAAUAGCUGAAUAAAUGCAGCCUUGUUUUGGUCAUGCUUUUGUAGAAAACAGCUUUGAAACAUGAGCUCCCAUUGAAUCAUUGCUUGUUUUGAUCCUUUGAACUAUGUAAGAAAGAUCCAAGGUUUUCAAGGAGCAUCAAGGAAACGGACUCAAUUUACACCAUUUCGUUUUGCAUUCGGACACAAUGUUUGAUUAUGUUGUUUGAAAGCAAACGUCUUUCCAAGAAGUGUUUUAUUGUCUUUAGAGAUGAGAAAAGUGUAUUUUACUGAUGAAUUGUUAAUUAAAUUGUUUGUUAUGCACUUAUUUGGAAGGUUGUGUUGACACCUAUGAUUUGCACAGGGAAUUACAUUAAAACAAUCAAUACUCCUCCACUUCCAAAAUGCAGAAAGUCAGCACAUUCGGUUUCUUUUGACUAAUGUGUUCUGCGAAUGUAUUAGAUAUAUCAUACCCCAAUAUGAAACAUUGGUUACAUGUCAUAUGCAUUUGCGGUCCAUCCUUCUUGUCAGUUGUUGAGUGCGACAAUGUGUGGACAAGAAGCAUCAGCCAGUGCCCAGUAACUCCCAGUUAAGUGUUGUUGUUGCUUGCAUAGUUACAUUAUAAACCCCUUCCUUUUGAGUGGUGUUAAGAAAAUCACAGCUGCCAAGGACUAUGUAAAGAAGUGUCAAGUGUUUAAUAAUGGAUAAGGAUGAACAGUAGUGUGAAAAAUGUAUUAGAACACCUCAAUAUGUGUCAUUGAUGUCGUUUAUAUACAGUACCAGUAAAAAGUUUUAGUACACUUGCUAGUAACUGGGUUUUUUUCAUAAUUGACAAUGUUUUACGUCGUAUACGUUUCUGUAAAUACUUGCAAAUGAAAACACGU